AUGUUUUUUAACAUUGAUAACAAACUCGGCCUCACUGCAAUAAGGAAGGCUUUGAAUGCUAGAGAAAACAAAUUUCCAUCCACGACUUGUAUUUUAGAAGCUGUAAAAAUUUGUUUGAAAAGCAACCAUUCUGUUUUUAAAGAGAAUUUCUUUCUUCAAAUCCAUGGCACAGCUAUGGGUCUAAAGAAUGCUUGUAGCUAUGCCGAUCUAGCCAUGGGCGAAAUUGAUCUCAAAGCUAAGUUUUCUCGUCCGAUAAAGCCGUCCUUAUGGUGGCGAUAUCGAGACGAUGUAUUUGAUCUUUGGCAGCAAGGCCUUCCUGUCCUACAUCAAUUUACUGAUUACAUUAAUUCUCUGUACCCUACCAUUAAAUUUGAGUUAGUUUUUCUGAGCGUGAGCUUCACGUACUUGAUCUUACUUUAUACCUUAUCGAUGGAUUUAUUAGGACAGACGGCUAUUCCAAACCUAUUCCAAAGUAG